GCCUGUAUUUCUCAUCAUCUUAACAAUUUUUUUUAUAUAUUGUUUACUAUGGAUAAGGAAAUGUCACGAAACACAUAUGCAGCCUUAUUUCUGUUUGUACACAUAAUUCGCAGUGCGGAAACUGGCUUCAAUAGUAAUUACGCCAUUGAAACAAAUGAUUAUCCAAAAUCUUCGUGUCACGAACUAUCCAGUGUAAAAAGUAUGAUCAGGUGUCUAGCCACAUGCGUAGCCACAAUGGAUGAGAUCGUCAUGAUCAGCCACGAUGACUCUACAAGCACCUGUAUGUGUUGCAAUGACGUCACAGGAAGUGACAUAACUGGUUCAAAUUGGAAGUCAUAUGUCCCUCGUACAUUACCCUGUGCUGAAGGCUAUGCGAAUUACAAGUUGAUGUCAGACGAAAUAUGUCUGAAGUAUUUCCCAGUGCCUGUAACGUAUUCAACAGCUCAAUCCAACUGUCAAGCUGAAGGUGCCGAUCUCAUAAAGAUCGAUUCCCAGGAAAAGUACGACAUAUUCAACUAUUUCCAUGUACCAAUUGCAAACAAUGCAGUCAUUAAACUGUGGGUUCAAGGGGAAAAGGUUGGAGGUCAGUGGCUGUUUGAUGACGGAACUCUAAUACCUGGUUUCUGUCCCAUCAGUAUGAGUAAUAAUCCGGGGGAAGUACAUCUUCGGGCCGAAGGAUCUACAUCGUUUAACUGUGUUGAUUUUCAUAACGGCGGCCCAUUUCAUUAUUCAUGCGAAUACCACCGCAUGUUAUUCUUUAAGAACUUAAAGGAAUAAAAAUAAUGAUGGAAACAUUGCAUAUAUAAUAUAGAUUGAUGCCACUGAAAAUCAAAGGCAAAACAUUGCCUCAGUUGCGUUUUUCUGUCUUACGUAUAAGUGCUUCUUAUUUGGGUCGCAUAUUCAGUGUAAAUUAAAAUGAUAAAUCAUA